CAAUUCUGUGUGGCCCUAAGUAACGGUUCUGUGGCCCUCAGUAACAAUUCUGUGUCCCUCAGUAACAAUUCUGUGGCCCUCAGUAACGGUUCUGUGGCCCUGAGUAACAAUUCUGUGGCCCUCAGUAACAAUUCUGUGUCCCUCAGUAACAAUUCUGUGUCCCUGAAUAACAAUUCUGUGUCCCUGAGUAACAAUUCUGUGGCCCUAAGUAACGUUUCUGUGGCCCUAAGUAACAAUUCUGUGGCCCUCAGUAACAAUUCUGUGUCCCUGAGUAACAAU